AGGCAGAAACAAAAUCUGUUUUCCCUCUCCGCAGAUAUGAAGAAUUAAACCGAGGAGAUACAAAGACAAAAGGCCAUUCUUUUGAGUACCAGAGAGGGAGGGAUAGGAACUUAAGAGUUUUCAAGUGGAACAUGUUGAGACCUGACAUUUGCAAGUUAUUGAUAUUGUUUUCUCUGUUUUGUUCUGCUGCAGCUUCUGUGACGUAUGAUCACAGAGCUAUUAUGAUUAAUGGGCAGAGAAGGAUUCUGAUAUCUGGGUCCAUUCACUAUCCAAGAAGCACUCCUGAGAUGUGGCCUGAUCUUAUACAGAAGGCCAAAGAAGGCAAUUUGGAUGUUAUACAGACGUAUGUGUUUUGGAAUGGACACGAGCCUUCUCCAGGACAAUAUUAUUUUGAGGAUAGGUAUGACUUAGUUAAGUUCAUCAAGCUGGUAGAACAAGCAGGCCUAUAUAUUCAUCUCCGGGUUGGCCCUUAUGUUUGUGCUGAAUGGAACUUUGGGGGAUUUCCUGUUUGGCUGAAAUAUGUUCCGGGAAUUGCUUUCAGAACAGAUAAUGGGCCAUUCAAGGCGGCAAUGCAACAAUUUACAGAAAAGAUUGUGAGUAUGAUGAAGGCUGAGAAGUUAUUUGAAACUCAGGGUGGUCCUAUCAUCCUGUCUCAGAUUGAGAAUGAAUUUGGACCAGUAGAAUGGGAAAUCGGUGCCCCUGGUAAAGAUUAUACCAACUGGGCAGCACAAAUGGCAGUACGUCUUAACACUGGUGUCCCGUGGGUUAUGUGCAAGCAAGAGGAUGCCCCUGACCCCGUUAUUGAUACCUGCAAUGGUUUCUACUGUGAAAACUUCAAGCCAAACAAGAAGUAUAAGCCCAAAAUGUGGACAGAAAACUGGACUGGUUGGUACACCGAGUUCGGUGGUCCAGUUCCCCAUAGGCCAGCAGAAGACUUGGCAUUUUCAGUAGCAAGGUUCAUUCAGAACGGCGGUUCUUUUGUUAAUUAUUAUAUGUACCAUGGGGGAACUAACUUUGGCCGGACAGCUGGUGGUCCCUUUAUUGCAACCAGCUACGAUUAUGAUGCUCCAAUUGAUGAAUUUGGGCUUCCAAGGGAACCAAAAUGGGGACAUUUGAGAGAUCUGCAUAAAGCCAUAAAGUUAUGUGAAUCUGCUUUAGUUUCUGGAGAUCCAACCGUGACCGCACUAGGAAGUAAUCAAGAGGCUCAUGUAUUCAAGUCAAAGUCUGGUGCCUGUACUGCAUUUCUUGCCAAUUAUGACACAAAAUCCUCUGCAAAGGUGUCCUUCGGAAGUGGACUAUAUGACCUGCCACCUUGGUCCAUUAGCAUUCUUCCCGACUGCAAAACUGUAGUUUUCAACACUGCAAAGCUUGGUGCUCAAAGCUUUCAGAUGAAGAUGAUGCCCGUAAAUAGCACAUUUUUAUGGGAGUCAUACAAUGAAGAAACUGUCUCUGCUAAUGAUGACGGUUCAACUGCAAUGAGCGGACUCUGGGAACAAAUAAAUGUCACAAGAGAUGCUACAGAUUAUUUGUGGUACAUUACAGAUGUCAAGAUAGAUUCAGAUGAAGGAUUUCUAAAGAAUGGACAAUCUCCCAUUCUCACAAUAUUUUCAGCAGGCCAUGCUUUGCAUGUUUUCAUCAAUGAUCAACUAUCAGGAAAUGUUUAUGGGGGUCUGGAGAAUCCUAAAUUAAGUUUUAGCGACUCUGUGAAGCUGAGGGUUGGCAUUAACCAGAUUUCUUUACUAAGUGUUGCUGUGGGGCUUCCGAAUGUUGGCCUGCAUUUUGAGAAAUGGAAUGCUGGGGUUUUAGGCCCAGUCAUGUUGAAGGGUCUCAAUGAGGGCACAAGAGAUUUGUCGAAGCAGAACUGGUCUUACAAGAUUGGUCUAAAGGGUGAAGCCUUAAGCCUGCACACUGUUAGUGGGAGUUCCUCCGUUGAAUGGGUGGAAGGAUCAUUACUGGCUAGGCAACAACCCUUGACAUGGUACAAGACUUCUUUCAGAACACCAGAAGGAAAUGAUCCAUUAGCUUUGGAUAUGAAUAGCAUGGGAAAAGGUCAAAUAUGGAUAAAUGGCCAGAGCAUUGGACGCCAUUGGCCUGGAUAUAAAGCACAAGGUGAUUGUGCAGAUUGUAGUUAUGCUGGAACUUAUGAGGAUAAGAAAUGCCGGACUAAUUGCGGGGAGGCCUCUCAAAGAUGGUACCAUGUUCCACGCUCAUGGCUGAAUCCAAGCAGGAAUCUACUGGUUGUGUUUGAAGAAUGGGGCGGUGAGCCAAGUGGGAUUGCUUUAGUAAAACGAACGAUGGCAAGUGUAUGUGCUGAUAUCUCUGAAGGGCAGCCGACAAUGAAGAACUGGGGCAUGCUAACCUCCGGUGAACUCAAUAGACCCAAAGCUCAUUUAUGGUGCCCACCUGGGCAGAAAAUCUUUCAAAUAAAGUUUGCCAGCUAUGGACAACCUCAAGGAACAUGCGGAAACUUUAAGAAAGGAAGCUGUCACUCGGACAAGUCCUAUGAUGUGCCUCAAAGGAAUUGCAUUGGAAAGCAAUCUUGUUCGUUAAGUGUAGCUCCCGAAGUUUUUGGAGGAGAUCCAUGUCCAGGUAACAUGAAGAAGCUUUCAGUUGAGGCCACCUGUGGCUAAAUAUAGCAGCUUCCAUAAUACACGGAAUACAAGAUGAGCAAGGAGUAUAUCUGCAGUACAUAAACAUCUACACAUCCAGGAUUACCAAAGGCAAUUAAUUCGGCUUUGCAGAAGGGCAGCAGUGUGGAGCCAUGCCACACUUCAACUGGCUAAAGCCAAAUGUAGAGAAUGAAGAUUAUCAUUCUAAACAGUAAACAUGCAUCAAAUAUGCUUUAUAUGUAUAGGCAAACUGUCAUUUGUCAAAGAGCUUUAUGCAUUAUACAGAGGUUUUACUGCAACUUGAGCACCUUUGAACACUAAAGACAGGCAAAUUUUCACUUGCUUGUUGAUUGCGAUGUAACAUUCUGGGUGAAAGCAGUUGCCUCCCGGAAAAAAUCAAUUGAAAGUCAAGGGCUGGUUUGGUUGC